ACACACGUGAACAGGAUACUAAGCUAAUGUGUCCAGUAUGGUAGCGAAGCGGUGUCAAUAUAUUCACUAGUAUUACUGUCACGACUUUGUCAUGUUUUACUCUACAUGUGGAGGUAGUAGCGGAUCUUUUUUUACGGUCAUUACAAGAACAUGCUUUUUAACGCCAAAAUAAUGAUAUGGAAAACAAGCCCAGCAGCACUGACAGCAUGGAGGUCAUUAAUGUGGAAGCUGAGUUCUGCCGCUGGUUUGUGUUCUGGCCCUGGCUCCUCGGAUUCAUCUGUUUCUGAUGAAAAACCUCCUCACACACCUGUUAUGCUGAAAGAAAUUCUUCAUUACUUAGACCUCAAACCAGCUCAGGUGGUCCUGGACAUGACAUUCGGUGGUGGUGGUCAUACCAAAGCGAUACUAAACACGGUUCCUGAAGUCACGGUCCUGGCCUUGGAUCGAGAUCCCGAAGCUAUUUCUCUGGCUCAGCAGCUAGCCAAGCAGCACUUUGGUCGUGUGAAACCCCUGCUUGGCCGGUUCAGUGAGCUAGAAGCCUUGAUGUCUAACAUGAACAUUAAGCCAGGCAGCAUUGAUGCUGUCCUGCUGGAUGCAGGCUGCUCCUCCAUGCAGAUGGAUCAGGCGAAGAGAGGCUUCUCCCUCAGCAAAGACGGGCCCUUGGAUAUGAGAAUGGACGGUGAGAGGUACCCUGACAUGCCCUGCGCUGCUGACGUUGUGAAUACCUUAGAUCAACAGGCUCUUGCAUCUAUCCUCACUGCAUAUGGGGAAGAAAGACACGCCAGGAAAAUAGCUUCAGCCAUUGUGGAGGCACGUCGUGUCAACCCCAUCACCCGGACACAUCAGCUGGCCAGUGUGGUUGCAGGAGCAUUUCCUGCCUCCAUUGUCCAUGCAAGAAAAGACCGUCUUCAUCGUCCUGCACACAUUGCCACUAAAACAUUCCAGGCACUGCGCAUCUUUGUGAACGAUGAGUUGAAGGAACUGCACACAGGGCUGUGCGCAGCGAGGUCGGCACUAAAACCUGGAGGACGGCUCUGCGUGAUCACGUUUCAUUCGUUGGAGGACAGACUGGUCAAACACUUCCUGCAGGAUCGUGAUUUAUCUCAUUUGGAGCAAUGCCACUUCAUUGAAAACAAGAGAAAUGGUAGAAGGGAAAAACUGGUAGACAAGAACAGAGAAUGUAAUAAAAAUGCCCACUGGUUUCCUGUACAAAGAAAAGUGGUCACUCCAGAAAAAGAUGAUGUAAGAGAGAAUCCUCGUGGACGAUCUGCAAAACUCCGUGUAGUUCUACGGCGGUAGUUACAGCAGGGAUUGUGUUUUAUGGUUUCAAUAUUUUUUUUACAGUCAGAACCAUACUGUACAAAUAUCUGAGUUUUGUUGCCCAGUAAAGCAGUGAAAUAGUUUGUCCUUGAAAUGUGUUAUGGCUUUUGGGCCUUUUGGUUAAAAAUAAUACAGGCUAAUGGCCGUUUCAGACAGAACGCAGUUUGACCUGCGUUUGCUGUAGCAUUCAGCAUGGCACAGCACUGGCUCUUCAACACUGUAUUGGCUGAGUUACUGGUCAUUUGUGCUGUUUUUUUCUGCAGCACAAAUGCAUCUGUUCCAUACUAAGAAGAAAGAACUAGCCUACUAAUUAGGAGAAAAACAGCAGCAUGGAAGAGGCUCUGCAUGUAUGGAAACCUCAAGUCCAGGGAGCAGCUUCGGAAGUUCUAGCUCAUGAAAGAGCUCUAUUACCAAUAAGACACAUACAAUUCUAGCUUUUCCUCCAUUUUACCUUCUAGUGUCUCACCUGACAAAAUGCUUUCUCUUGACUGCAGAAGCUCAGUAUAGUUAAAUACGUGUAUCCUCUCUCAAAGGGCUGUAGCCCAAUUACAUCUGUAUUUUACCCUCAAGUUACAGUUAAUGCCAGGAAAAUUGUUUCAUCUUUUUAACCUUCAUUCAACCUUCAAUUAAAUAAAUAAAUUGAUUAAAAAAAACACCAGGCCUUUUAACGUAUUUCACUAUCAGUACACUGGUUUUAUAAUCCCUAUUUGACUUAAACAUUCUUUUGCCUUAAAUAACAAUUUACAUCCAUGGAUGUUUUAAAGUGGGUAUUGUAUAGGCAUUGUGUUGACCAUUUGAUGUGCAUUUGUUGCAAUAUUCCUGCUAUUUUUGCCACCUUCAUGUUAAACAGGUGGCUGUUUUUGAAUUGGUAUUGUUGUCUCUACCAUUGUGACAUCACUGAGUAACUGAUGUGAGUAGCUCUGCUGCUAUGAGGUAUAAUGCUAUGUUCAGACUGCAUGCGCUGGAAGCAGCAAAAAAGCACCUGCUGCCUUAUUUUUGAUGCUUGUAAACAUUAAUGUCUGAUGCAACUCAAGUGCAUCUUUUACGCUCCUGAAGCGCAUCAAGAAAAGUGUGUUCAGAUACGUCUAAUGCUUCUGCUGCUCCUGUGUUCAAUGGCAGAAAGCGGGUUUGCUAAAUCUGCGGUGAUAAGUGGGUAAAAAGUAGUUUUGAUAUGUUUUUAAGUGAGAAAGUCCACCUCAAAGCAUCAUCUGUGCAUCAGUUAUUUAAGAUUACAAUCCUGCCUUCAAAUAUUAUUUCAUUGUCAGACCAGAACGAAAACCAUGUAAACUGGUGGUAUGCUUUCACUGGAAACCCUUUUAACGGCAGACCUGUGGUCUGCCUCUUGGGGGUCAUAAGCUAAGGUUUGUGGUGCCUGGAAAGGGACGGUUUUCGGUUUUCAUGUACGUAAUCCAAACUGUAAGCACCAGAAUAAUAUAAUCAAAUAUAUUUUGCUGGCAGGUUUCGACAUUUUAAGUUAAUUCAGGCGUUAAACUGUUUCAGGGUGGUGAUCAUUGCGAUCUGCAUCAGCAGCGCUGUGUGAGUCUCCCUGCUGCUCCCAGAUCAGCUUCUCUGAUUCGUUGAUGUGGCACGUCAUGCAGCAAAAGCUCAAUUUUUCUCCAGCAUCUGGUUUUGAAGCGUGUGACGUGCUCAUGAGGCGCUGCUUUUAUGCAUCGAGAUGCUCUGCUCCUGCUGCUCUAGACGUGCUGAAGGACCUUUUGAUGCACAUUGAUGCGUGUAAACCAGCUGCUUCUGGUGUAUCAGCAGCGUGCGGUCUGAACGUGGCGUAAAAGUUGCUUCACCUCAUGCCUUUUUUGUUCAUUGGAGUGUCUUUUUCCCCCAUUCUCUCUGUGUCUGUUGAAGAUGCUUGACAGGAAUCAUCCACCUAGACCAGGCAUGCCCAAAGUCGGUCCUCGAGGGCCGCAGUCCUGCAGAUUUUAGAGGUUUCCCUGCUUCAGCACAGCUGAUUUACAUUGCCUGACCUAGACCAUGCCCAACUCUUAACACCUCCCUGCACAACCGCCAGACAUCACCUCUGAAAGGUACAGGUGCACUAUGCUUCCUGGUCCAGGCAAAGAUUCCACAGAGGAGUAACCAGCUUCCAAAAUCAGGAGCUGAUCCUUCUCAUUCCUGGGUGAAGAACAGACCACCCAAGCGACUAUCUGAGGGCAGAUGGUGGACGGCCCCUGUUCUCGACCUGUGGCUCACCACAGACCUGUAUGGACAAUUGGGAUGAACCAGCCAACCAAAUUUCAAUUUCUUUUAUUUUCGCCAACCAGAAAUAAAAGCUGCUUAAUAGAAGCAAAGAAGAAUCCCCCUUAGAGUGGAAAUGGUUAGCUUUUUUUGAAUGGUUUUAUUUAUGGCCAAUUUAUCAAAUAAAAUGAUUAUGCCUUUAAUGAAAAUAACUUCAUUUAAAUAAUCUGGGCUACCUUUUACUGUAAGUUUGUUUGCUUGUAACAUAAUGCCAUAGUUAAAUAUUUUUUAUAUAUGAGAGAAUUUUUAUUUCGGGCUGAGAAAAAUAGGCUUGGCCGGUAAGUAAUUUUCUCUCCCAGUCCACUUGGCCGGUGAGUCCAUCCAUCCAUCCAUCCAUUUGCUGUCAUGCUUAUUCCUGCUGGGGUCAUGAGGGUUGCUGGUGCCUAUCUCCAGCUGUCAAUGGGUGAGAGGCCGGGCAGAACUGCGAGCAGAGUACCGCACCACAGGGUCCUCCCAGCGACCUGUCUAAAGAAAAAAAAUCAUCCACCCACACCAGCCAGAUAUCCAUGCCCCGGCCAACCCAGCCAGCCAGCCAGUUGUCACAGGGUUUGUACAUUAUUCCACCCUCUUGACACACCAUUUUUACCAUCACAUCUUACUUUCUAUUGUAUAGCAUUACCUUUUGUUUUCAUAUUGAAGUAUUUAAAGGGCUUUUAACAGGCUAAAGGAAAUUCAUUUUUUAACAUUUAAGUAUGUUUAAAAGUAUAAAGGAUGAUCUUUUUUAUCCGGGUGGAUCAUCUAAAUUAGUGGCCCUCCUAAUUGUCAGUCAUUCUGGUGAUAAGUUUACAUAAGGCCAUCCUACAUGCUCAUCCUGUUAGCUAUCUUUUUCUCUGCAUGCACACUUUCAGGCAUAUAUCUGUGGUGAGCUACGGUCUCAGUCGUUGAAGCUCACCUUUCUUGCCUCGGUUCUUUUAAAAUGGCCAAAGGUCGUAAUAGAAAAAGUGUCUACGAAGUGUAUGAGGGAAAAAAAGAAAGGCCUCAGAAGAGGCAGAUAUAUACCGGAAUGCUCUGCGCGGAGAGCUUUCCUCGCAAAGCAUUAUGGGAUUUGCUGUCACAGCGGCCCACUGUUGCCAUAGCCUGUUGCUACCCGACAGUGGCGACUGAUAACACCAUGCAGUGGAGGAGGAGUUACGUGAUCAACGGGGAGCAAAAAGCAGUGCUCAUCUGUCCGAACGGUCAUUUAGCUGAGUUCGCUAUAAAGUCCACUAUAUAGU